GUGUAAUUGUUUGAUAACAGUAACUGAUCGAAAAUGGACCCCACCGAAGACAUGUGCAAGAGCUUAGUGAAGUGGCUGCAACGACUAGCCCCCAAUCGAACAAAGACCGUUUCGGAAAUAUGCGACGGAGUGGGAAUCUUGGAAGCGCUGCUCCAAAUCGAACCGAACUACUUCGGGCAAUUGCAGCCUAAAAUCAAGAAAGACGUGGGAGCCAAUUGGCGUCUGAGGGUGAGCAACCUGAAAAAGAUUUCGGAAGCUGUUAUCGAAUACUACCAAGACUUGCUGAGCAUGCAAAUCGCCGACAAGGGCAAGCCCGACGUGGGCAAGAUUGGGGAAAGCAGCGACGCAGUGCAGUUAGGAAAACUCCUCAGAUUGGUUCUCGGCUGUGCAAUCAAUUGCGAAAGAAAACAGGAGUACAUUACUCUCAUUAUGGAAAUGGAGGAAUCGGUGCAGCAAAACAUCAUGCAAACGAUCCAGCAGCUUGAGGAAGUGGCAAUGGGGCCAGGCAAAACCGGCCUGAGCAUGCUCAUCCUAGACAGUGACGCCCGCGUAGCCAAACUCGUGUCCGACCUGGAGGCCGCAAACGAAGCCAAGGAGGCUCUGAUCCUGCAAAACCAGCAGAUGGAGCAACAGCUUUCCAUCAUGCAAGAGGAGCGCAAGAACCUGGAACAACAGAUCGAGUCGCUGCAACAAAAGGAGAUUAAGGGCCCCGACCCCCGACGCCAAAUGGAGCUGCUCAAGGAAGAAAAGUUCAAGGCGGAAGUGAUGAGGGACGACUUCAACGCUAAACUGCUGGAGCAGGAGAAGCAGUUGCUGGCCUACCAGGAGAGGAUUGCAGAGCUGCAGAUCGCGGCCAGCGACUCCACACGGCUGAAGGAUGAAGUUGACGCUCUAACCGAGUCGGCAAGCAAAGUGGACGACCUGGAGCAGACAGUGGCUUCCUACAAAAGGAAACUGGAAGACUAUCAGGACCUGAAGAAGCAGGUGCAGAAACUGGAAGCCAAAAACAUCGAGUACCUACAAAAAACCAUGGAAAUGGAAGAGGAACUGACAAAGAACAGCAGCUGGAGGAACCAGUGCGAAGCCUACAGGAACCAGAUUGUGGAGCUGCAGCAAAAGCUGGACGAAGAGGCGCAGCGGGCCGACAAGGCGCAGUUCAGUCAGGAAAACCUGGAGUCCAAAGCAGUUGCCCUACAGGCCGAACGCAACCGCUUGCUCCUGGAAAGAGACUCAUUGAGGGAGGAAAACGAGGAGCUCAAGCUGGGCCACGUGAAGGCCAGCGAAGCUGGCGCUGCAGUCGCCCAGGAGCUCACCCCAGCCGACCUGAAAGCUAGAUUACGCUUUCUGGAGCGGGAAAACAAAACGCUUCGCCUGGCACAGCAGGAGCUGGACACCAAACAGUUGGCUCUGGACCAAGCGCUCGGCCGCAGCGAGAAACUGCAGCAGCAGAACCGCACCCUCAACCAAACCGUCCUGAGGCUGGAAGCGCAGCUGGAAGAGCUGCGCGGCCCCGACUCCACAGCCAACCCCGCCAUCACCGUGAAAAAGCUGCAGGAAGCGCUGGCGGCGAAGGAGCACGAACUGCAAACUGCCCAGGCAAAGUACCAGCGAAAUCUGGAAAAAGCGCGCGAGGUGGCAGCGCAACUGGAAAGCGCGGAAAGUGACCGGGUUAGGGGCGGCACCAUGGGGGCAACGGAGGAGCGCAUGCUGACGGCUGCAUUUUACAAGUUAUUGGGCGGGCUGCAUCGUGAGGCCGCCGACGAGCGUCUGGCAGUGUUUGGGGCUCAGGGGCAGUCGUUUCUAGCCAGGCAGCGACAGCCCACCCCUAGGAAGCUGCCCGCUCGUCCCAACUUGUAUCCGAACCGAUCCAAAUAGGACCACCUAGUUUUACAUGAAUUUUUAGCCAGGUUUUACUAUACAUGUAUGUGUUGGGCUUUUGCAAUACAUUUAUUUAUACACACUA